AUGUCACUGUUGUGUCCGUGCGCCAAGUCAGGUGCAGAUGACUAUGAGGAGAGCGUGGGUGGCCGUGGAGAUGUUGGAGGGCCGUACGCUGCGUCCACCAACACUGGCACCGCUGACACCGCCGUGAACAAGGCUCGAGAAAGGGAGGCGAUUGUCGUUCAGCAACCGAGAAGGCAGAGCGCCAGCGAGGACAAGGACAAAGACGACACGGAAAGGGAAGAAGGUGCCAGCCCUGAGAACCGUGGGAGUGCAACGGCACCCUCCCCCUCACCACCAUCGGCCGUUGGAGACGACACUCAAAAGAACACUGAAGCCGACACUACAAAGGACCCUCCCGCGAAGGACACUGCAGAGGCAGAUGACACCACAAAGGACACCGUCACCAGCGCCGGCAUCGACGAGGAGACUGCCAAGGCACUGCGGUCCAUGGUGUCCACGUUUGCAUCGCCAAGUGCCGUAGGCAUGGACCCUCCGCCUACGCCUCCCGCUUCCCUGCGUCAAACGCUCACUCUCCUCAAGGACAGGACGGCCACCUUUGACAAGGCAAGCGAGGCAUGCUCUAAGUUCAUCUUCCAGCAAUUCCUCUGGAAUGAUGACGACGUGGAGACUGAGUACGGCGCAACCUACGUCGACGAUGACCUACUUGGUGGCGAGCACGUUGUCGUUGUUGACGAGGAGGGCAACGUCGCCUUGCGCUGCUUCCACGUUGAGCCACGAGACAAGGACGUGCUUGUCGUCAGUUAUCAGUGGAGCGCCAUCGCUGGCACGGAGUUUGAAUGGCCGGGCGGCGAGGCCAAGUGCACCACAUGCCGCUUCGCUGGCGGCAACCGCAAGCGGGGAGGUCUCAACCCAGCCAUCCUGGGCCCGGGCACGUAUUGGGUGGACCACUUGUGCUGUGAGCCCAUGCCGAAGGGGCUCUGGUCCAUCUACAAGAGCUUCUACCUCUACAACACCAACGAGCGCCUUAUCGUUGCCACAGCAUCUGCGCUUGCACACAACAGCAUCCACCUGUGCAACCUCAUUGCCGCGUUGGACCAGGAACAGCUCCAGAGUGCACCUGGCACGGACACUGUCCGCAGCAUCACGGAGAAGCUCCGGACGGCUGCGGAGCACGAGAGCCGUGGCUGGCUUGUGUGGGAGGAGGCCGCUGCUUCUGCCAGCCACGUCCUCAUUAUCAACGACGCUCAUGCGGGCGAUCCGGGUGACAAGAGUGACGGCGGCCACCUGGCGGUGCUGUACACUGACAGGGCCCACGCGAGCGACAAGGUGGUUGUGCGGCCCAUGAACAUGCUCGAUGCUGUUCGCCCUCUGAUUGGAACGAGCGCGGAGGCCAAGCUCGCAAAGGUGUUGGCCGCGUCCCUGCUGCUGGCAAGUACAGCUCCCGCGUCUUCUUCUUCGUCUGCGUCUUCGGGCGACAAGGGCAUCAGUGCUGCUCCUUCGGCCGAGAAACGAAACGGCAUUCCGCGGCCAGUGCUGCUCGCCUUGACCAACAUCGUGCAGGGCAUCGUUCGUGCAGGGCGCAUGUUCGAUGUGUACGACAUCUGCAGGGCCAGCUCCAUCUUUGGGCUGCAGCAAGACGUCAUUGUUGCCCUCCUGGACAACACGCCCACACACGACUACCUGGAUGGCAACCAGCGCACGGCCUUUCCCAUCAGCGAGCACAGCUGGAUGCCCCCGCUCACGAUUGUCGCCGGAACUGGAGACGAGGGCAACGGCGUGGAGGCGGACGUGCCUUGCGUAGCAAUCGAAUUCCCUGGUGUCCCGCCCAUCCACUGGCCGCUGCUGAAGCUGUUGCACGUGAUGGACGGUGGCCAGAGCCUCUACACGGCUGCGUCCAUUCGCGGGCUCCUCUGCGCCCACAAGACGGACGUGCCAGCCCUCGGCUGCAAACCAUUCGUCGAAGCCGUUGGCGUUGCACCAGAUGGCAUGCUGCUCCACCUUGUCUUCUUCGUCGACGUCACAGGCGGCGCGCACAUGCUGCUGCCCGUCAAGUUGGUGUGGGAGCUGGAGGCACUGGACACUGACGGGUAUGGGACGUGCCUCACUGUGUGCACAGAGCAGUGGGAGCCGGUGCGUCACGCGAUAUUCCCGCCAAUGCCUAAUAUGGCCGGACUGUGCGGGGUGCUAGCUGGACAGGCGGUGCCUACAGACCGCGAGGCGUACGUGCUCGACUACGUUGACAGGUCGUGGCGCAGGGACGAGAAGGAACGAAACCCUUCCAGUCCCAUGGUCCGAGAGCAGUGGCCAAUUGCGCACAAGUGGUGUCUUGACCGCAACAUGCCCGACGAAUUCCAUACACAAACGCCCAUGGUGGCGUAA